AAAAAGAAGAGAAGGAGCUUGGAGAGUGAGGAGGUUUCAGUGCUGUUGGUGCCGCUGUGAGGUUCGGCUCUGCUCUGCUCUCUGCAGCCAAGUUUGACCAGGAAAAAAAAAGUUUCUCCAGCAUCAUGGGCUUAAAAAAGAAGAACAACAAAACUCAUCCGGUCCUGAGCCACGAGUUCAUCAUCAACAACCAUGCAGAUAUCGUGUCGUGUGUGGCAAUGCUCUUUCUGCUGGGACUCAUGUUCGAGAUCCCAUCAAAGAUUGCGGUCCUGUUCAUAACGGUACAGUACAACGUCACAGUAACAGCAAAUGAAGGUACCGAGGAGACGCCGGUGAAUUAUUUCCACCAUGGCCUGAAGGACGUGGCCACCGUCUUCUUCUACAUGCUGGUGGCCAUCAUCAUGCACGCUAUAAUCCAGGAGUACAUCUUGGAUAAAAUCAACAGGAAGAUGCACUUCUCCAAAACCAAGCACAGCAAGUUCAAUGAGUCGGGCCAGCUCAGUGCUUUCUAUCUCUUCUCCUGCUUGUGGGGAGCCAGCAUUCUGAUCUCUGAAAACAUCCUGUCGAACCCCGUCAGUCUGUGGGAAGGCUACCCGCACACCCUGAUGCCGUUCCAGAUGAAGUUUUACUACAUCUGUCAGCUGGGUUACUGGUUCCACUCUCUUCCUGAACUCUACUUCCAGAAGAUCAAGAAAGAGGACAUUCCCCGUCAGCUGGUCUACAUCAAUCUGUAUCUGGUCCAUAUCGCAGGCGCUUACAUCCUCAAUCUGAACCGUCUGGGUGUGGUGCUGCUCGUGCUACAUUAUUUCGUCGAGUUGCUCUUCCACGUGUCUCGUAUCGUUUACUUCAGUAAUGAAGAGAGACAGACGGGGUUCUCAGUGUGGGCUGUCCUGUUCGUCCUGGCCCGCUUGUUGACUCUGUCUCUCUCUGUCCUCACUGUGGGCUUCGGUUUGGCUGGAUCCGAACGCCAGGGUCUCAACCUUGCAGAGGGAAACUACAACGUGCUGUUUGUCAGAGUGACUGUCCUGGCUGCCAUCUGCCUCACUCAAGCCUUCAUGAUGUGGAAAUUCAUCAACUUCCAGCUGCGGAGGUGGAGAGAACACGCUCAGACUCAGACCUUAAAGAAGAAAUCUUCCUCCUCGAAGGGCAAGUCUAGGAAAGCCAACGGCGUGAACGGAUCACUGAGUGCCAACGGAGCGGAUUCUCCCAGAGCCAGGAAGGACAAAUCAUCCUAAACAGAUCCCGCUGUUCAUUCCUCCAUCCUUCCACUCACACUCUCUCUCUCUCGCUCUCUCCUGCUUGAUCAUUCCCAGCUCUGUGCUUCAGUCCUGCUUUUCCUUUUCCUUUUUUUUUUUUUUUUUUUUUUUUUUAUUUCAUUGCACUGCACAUAAUUUGCAUUUCCCAGCUCUCACACACCUGAUUACACUCACUAGUAAGCAUGUGCCAGUAUUUUCAUAUCGUGAUACAUGAACAUUUCCUCUGUGAGAGGACUUGCCUUCUCUGCAACAGAGCUUCAAAACAAAGGACCUUCGAAGACUUUUAUUGUAUAUUUUCUCAGUAAUGCUGCCUAUUUUUCACAACUGUAAUAUAUUGAUUGUUGUAUUAUACAAGCCAUUGAAGACACAUGCCUGCUCGUCGGGAAAUCAGCAUGCUAUAAGGAUAGCUGGGAAAUGUGCAGUGCACAGGCUCAGGAACUGCCCUAUAGGCUUUUGUGCACAGUAGGGGGCUUACUUUACAAAAUCAGUGCCCUUUUUUAAAGCUGGGUGCUGAAUACUGUAUUGCACAAAGCUGUCUAUUCAUCAUGCGUCACUUUUCCCACAUACCCCCCCAACCCCAACCCCACCCCCCCAACCCUGGACUGAAAGGGUCCAAAUGCUGCACGCUUUAAGCUGCAUUCUGCAUUUCCCAGGAUUCAUCAGUGCCAGUGCAAAAUGCCAAUAAACACUUCAAGUGCCUCACUAUACCAAAAUUGUAUGGACAAUUUAAACAAAAAUGAUAAAUUAGUAAA